AUGGGCCGCCCACAGAACCUGGACGACGUCGAGGCUAACUGCGACGAAGAGGAGGAGCUUUGUACCUGGCGUGAUUGGGUAACCGUGUUGGCAUGGAGUGUGCUGGGCUAUCUGUGCAUCAUCCUGACAGUCAUCGGCUAUUAUAAUCCGUCGCUAUUACCAAUUGAUCCGACCUCAUUGUUAUUCAAUAAGAGCAUUUCGCCGCUCUUUGCAUUCUCGCCGGGCUCGGGACAUUUUCCGAAGCCGCACGGAUUCAAGAUAGUCGCUCUUGUCCCUUUCAACUACCAUGAGCGCACCGCGAUUCUGGACUGCUACUUGCAGAAAAAUCUGGCCCAUAAUCAUGGUUUCCUGGAUCAAGUUAUCUUCGUUCCCCAAACACAAGACGCAGUCAGCCUCCAGUGGCUCCAGUCUUUAGUGCAGCAGACCCCCGAAUACGCUAUUUCUUUUCCUGGACACGACAUGGAUUGGAAAUUCACCCAGAACGAUGUCAUGUACAUCCGCAUCGACGGAGAUGUCGUCUUCUUGGAAGACCACACUAUCCCCACGAUUGUUAAAACGAAACUGGAUAAUCCAGGCACAACUAUGGUGUCGGCUAAUGUUGUCAACGAAGGCACACUUUCUUCUCUCCACAGCCAUCCAGGUGUUGCCCUGCCGUAUCUCCCAGAGCUGCACCAUGUGGAGCAACCGUCUCGGUCCAAGUCGCAACUAAGCCAUGACUGGAGGGCCACAAGCCUUCCACGGUGGAAGGGACCCGCCAGUUUCAAAGUUCAAAAGGGAUUCAAGCCGCCUUUCCAAGGUCAUCGAUGGCUACUACCAGCCGGCGCGGGCUCGGAUCGAGACCCCAUUGCGUCUUCGUUUUAUACAGAAACAGGCCCAGGUUUGCAGGAUUGGACUGUUAGUGCACAGCAGCACUAUUCAUUCCUCGAUCACCUUGAAUCAAAUACGUUGAGCAAAUAUAAGUUUCCGUUGUGGGUGGACCCGACGGAGCCCCCCAGCAGCUUUUUUGGAUGUUUCUGGGGGAAGGACGCCGAAACCUUGCGGGAAAUUUUCGGACAUAAAUCGAAUGAAGAGCUAUCUAAGUCAUGGACUGCGCCAGAUGGUUCUCGCCCACAUGUGACGAUUGAUGGCAAGGGUCUGGUCUCGCAUUACUCGGCUCAAUUGGGUGCUGAUGGGUUGGAUGCAACUGAUCUUUUAGAGCGCUAUCGCGCGUACGCGCGGGAGAAAGUUUGUCGACAAACCUCGUGA